AUGGCUGCUAAUUUCUUCAGCAACAAAGCCCGUGCUGCGGCAGUGGGAACUCCGGGUAGCUCGAAGCAGAAGGCGAACGAGAAGGAGACGCAGCCGCGGCAACAGCCAUGGGUUGAAAAAUACCGCCCUAAGACGUUAGACGAUGUAGCUGCCCAAGAUCAUACAACCAAGGUCCUCCAGCGGACUUUACAAGCAUCUAAUCUUCCGCAUAUGCUCUUCUAUGGACCUCCCGGGACAGGAAAAACGUCGACGAUCCUCGCUCUUGCAAAGUCUCUAUUCGGACCUACCCUCUACCGCUCUCGAAUUCUUGAACUGAACGCUUCGGACGAACGUGGUAUUGGCAUCGUCCGUGAGAAGGUCAAGAACUUUGCCCGAGCACAACUUACUCAUACCACGGGAGUGGAUCAGGCAUACCUUUCUCAAUAUCCCUGCCCGCCUUUCAAGAUCAUCAUUCUGGACGAAGCAGACAGCAUGACCCAGGAUGCCCAAUCUGCCCUUCGACGCACCAUGGAGCAGUACAGCCGAAUCACUCGCUUUUGCCUUGUCUGCAAUUAUGUUACGCGUAUCAUCGAACCACUGGCAAGUCGGUGCAGCAAGUUUCGUUUCAAGCCGUUGGAUAACUCUGCGGCGGGUGAGCGACUGGGCGAUAUUGCAAAGAUGGAGAAUGUAAAUUUGGAGAAGGGAGUCGUUGAUAAGCUAAUUCAAUGCAGCGAGGGGGACUUGCGUCGCGCCAUUAUGUACCUGCAGAGUGCAGCAAGGUUGGUGGGCGCCAAUAACACAGACAGGAAAAAAGAUGACGACGAUGAUGAGAUGAGUGAUGCAAUUUCACAAAUAGUAACUGUGAGAAUGGUAGAGGAAAUAGCCGGUGUAGUACCUGAGAGCGUUCUGGACCAGUUGGUUCGAGCUAUGCAGCCCAAGAGAUUCGGCUCUUCAUAUGAUUCAGUCUCGAAGGUAAUCACCGAUACCAUCGCCGAUGGAUGGAGCGCAACCCAACUUCUCUUACAGUUGUAUCGACGAAUGGUCUACAACGACGCCAUCCCGGACAGCCAAAAGAACAAAAUCGUCAUGGUGUUCUCGGAAAUGGACAAACGACUGGUUGAUGGCGCGGAUGAACAUCUUUCUAUACUGGAUGCAGCGCUCAAGGUUUCUGGCAUUCUGGGUGGAUCCUAG